AUUUAUUAACACAAAGAUACAUAAAAAAACAUAAACUGAAUGAUAUUUUUGUGUUCAAAAAGAAGUGUUAAAAAACAAUUUAAAACGUUAAAUUCAAAUUCAAUUUGUCGUGUAUAUAUUUUUUCUAAAAUAUAAUCCUUAACCAUAAGUUAGUAAAUAUUCAUGCGAGAUGUUUUCGAAUGGUCUUCCUUGCAAUUUACCGUUUCCCAGUUGCUUGGGCAUAUCCAAAGAUAGUGGAAAUGAUGAACUACUGCCCUCCAAUACUGGCAAUCGGGAACCGGUAAUUUUGAAUGUAUACGAUAUGUAUUGGAUAAAUGAAUACACAACAUCAAUAGGUUUGGGUGUUUUUCAUUCGGGCGUUGAAGUUUUUGGCACCGAAUUCGCCUAUGGAGGUCAUCCAUUUUCAUUUACCGGAGUAUUCGAAAUAACGCCCAGGGAUCACGAUGAACUCGGCGAUCAAUUUCAAUUUAGACAAAGUAUACAAAUAGGAUGUACAGAUUUUACGUAUCAAGAAGUUCGUCGUAUUGUGGAGGAAUUGGGCAAUCAAUUUCGUGGUGACCGUUACCAUUUAAUGAACAAUAAUUGCAAUCAUUUUUCCAGUGCACUUACUCAGAUCCUUUGCGGCCAAGAAAUUCCCAGUUGGGUAAAUCGUUUAGCCCAUUUCAGUUCAUGUGUACCUUUUUUACAAAGAUGCUUGCCAAAGGAAUGGUUAACUCCCAAUGCCUUACAACAGAGCAUAACUGCUAUCCAGGAACGUGAUGAUUCUGAAAAUAGUCCCCUUUGAGACAUGGCCUGUCAGGGCCAUACAUCGUAAUCGUAACAAUGCACCAAUUUGUACUAUAUACAUACUUACAAAAACAAAAAACAUACACACACAAAACAUAUUACAACCAUACAUAUAUUUUUCAUAAAAAAAGAAAAACUUUUUAAUUUUUAUUAUUAUUAUACAUAAUUAUAAUUUCAUUUUUUCGUCUUAUUUAACAAAAAAACAAGAAAAAUCAUAAAAAAACAACAAUGCAAAUCACACAAACAAAAACAAAGAGAUCGAGAUAGCAAAACAAAACAAAAAAACUCAUACAAUUUUAGUGAAAAUAAUUAUAAUUACAACAAAUUUGAAAUGAUUAAAUUAUAAUAAUAACGAAAAACGAUAUAAUGAUAAUAGAAUAUAUUCUAAUAUUUAAGAAAGUUAAUGCAAA